AUGCGACUAACCUGCUCAAAUCAAACAAGAAGUACUAUUCGUAAAACUUCAUCUUCUACAGUUUCACCUAAUAUAAUGCCUACACCUUUAUCAAGAUCAUCUUCUAUUCCAGUAUAUGUUACUGAUGAAGUUGACAUUCGACAAUAUAUAGUUACUGAUCCAGAACGAAUUAAUCGAACAUCAUUACAUAUUAAUUCUCUACCAUUUACUUUUCGUAUACUCAAUCGAAAAGAACAAAUGAUUCAACAACAAGCUAUAAGUGAUCAUAUUACAUCUUCAUCACUGAUGAACUUAUAUGAAGAUAAUCCAUAUGAAUUCAAUGAAAAUGAACUUGUCCUUUUUAAACAACAUCUUUCUUCACUUAAUCUUGAUUCAUCAUUUAUAUUAGAAUUAAAAAAUUGUAUACAUCAAUUAGCUAUUGAAAAUAAGCUUGAUAAAAUUGAAGUUUGUGAUAUACUUAUGAAAUUAGAUUAUAAAAUAAUACAUAACCAAUUAUAUAAUAAAGAUAUAUUAAAAACUAUACAAAAUUUACAAGAAGCAGCAUCUCAUAAUACACAAAAAACAUCAUUAACAAAUUUAUCAAAUUUAAUGAAAAUGCUUUUUCGAAUAGAUUAUUUAGAAAAAUUUAAUAAAUUAGAUAAGCAAAAAAUUCAUAUAUUUAAUCAACGUAUAAAUCAUUUAGCACGUAUGGGUAAAUUAAAUCAACAAUUGAAAAUGUUAAAAAAACUUUUUCAACUUGAUCUAUUUCAAAAUGAACCUAAUCAACAAGUUUUUGCACAAUUUAUUGACGAUGAUGUACAACGUAUUAUUCCAAAACAAAUACCACUGAAUGAUUUAGGUUGUAGCAUAAAAGAAAUUAUUCAUCAACUUCAAUUAAAUAUCGAUCGUUUAGGACCAAUAACUACACUUAUUCUCAUUGAUAAUCUUCAACAAUUAGUUCAUUCUGGUUUAUUAUUAACUAUAACUAAAACACCACAAUUGAAACGAUAUUUAACAGAAUUUACAGAACAUAUACAAAAUGGUCGAUUUAUUGGAACCCGUCUUCAACGUCUUAUUGAACAAAUCAAUCAGAGUAUACAAAUGAAUACAACUAAGAAAGUUUUAUUUACUAAUCAAUUAGAUCUUUCAUUACAAAAGACUAACUUAAUAUUAAAAGAUGAGAAUACAACAUCAAAGAAUAGUUAUGAUGAAUUAAUUUCUAUCUUAAUGAAUUUAGCUUAUAAGGGACAAUUAAAUACAUUCGCUAAUGUUGUUACACAGCAUAUAACAAUCAAAGAACAAAAUCCGUUAACAACCAUCUAUCAACAAGCUGAUAUCGAAAAUAAUAAUCUUCAAUCCAUAAUUAACUUUCUUUAUGAACAAACUUCUUUAGCAUCACCAUCGGGUCAUCUUUCCUAUCAAUAUAUUUGUGAUUUUAUUCAAUAUCUUCGUCAUUUUGCACAAUUAGGCAUUCUAUAUGAACCACAAAUUUUCAAUAUAUUAAUUUAUUUACAUAAAGCUAAAGAUAAAAAUCAUAUUAAUGUAGAAACAUUUAAAAAGAUUUUAGAAAAUAUGAAAACUGUUCAUUAUGUUUAUGCGUAUAAUCAUUUGGAUUUGAUUGAAUUUGAUAAAUUUUUAAAUGAUAUGGUUUUUGAUGAUGAAAUUCGAAAACGUUUAAAUGAUAUGAUAUUAUUUUGUAAAAAAUUUCAUAAUGAUUAUACAUUACUUGAACAAUUAUUUGGUCAAACAAUGAAUUAUAAAUUUUAUAAUAAAAUGAAAGAAAUAUUAAAAACAAAAAAUUUCAUAAGCAGAAAACAAUCAUUAACAGCUAUUGUACAAAUGCAUAAACAUUUUUCUAAAAUAUCACGUUUAAAUACAUAUAAUUUUUUAUCUGAUUAUGAAUUAGAUAAAAUUCUUCAAAAUAUUCAAAUAAAAUGUUUUAAACAACAAAAAUAUAUUGAAGAAGUUAUAAAACAUAUGACUGAAUUAGGAUAUUUACAAGAUAAAUCUUUUGUUAAUUAUUUAACACAAUAUUUUCUAUCUAAUGAAUUUCCAUCUUUAACUAUAGAAAAAUGUAAUGAAAUUCAAAGUAAACUUCAAACAUGGCCAUUUAAUUUAGAUCUUAAUCAUCCUAAUGUUCGACAAAUAAUCGAACAUUUAAUACAACUUGAACAACAGGAUAAAAUUGAUACAGGUACAUUAAUUGAAAUACAAAAUAGACUUAAUCAAUUAGCUCGUUAUGGUAAAUGUUCUUUACCACAAAUUCAACUUAUUAUUGAUGAAAUUUAUAAAUAUAACGGUAAAACAUAUUUAUCUGAUAAGGAUGGUUUUCAAUUAAUUCAAUAUUAUCGUUUAAUAUUAAAUGAUAUUACUCAUGCAAUUGAAUUUGAAUUUUAUAUUCAACAACUUACAUCCGAAUAUAAAAUAUCGGAUAAUUUAAAUUAUCGUUUUCGUCAUUUUUUAUAUCGAAUUUUACAAAAUGAAUUAUCAAUCGAUGAACUUAUUCGUUAUCGAUUUGAAUUAGAAAAAUUUCAUUAUAUAAAACAAAUAAAUAUUGAUCAAGUUAAGAAAUUUAUUGAUUUAUUACCACAAGAAUUCAAUGAUUUAUAUCCAUUAACUUUAACUGAUAAAUUAUUAGAACGACUUAAAUGGGAUGGAAAAAUAUUUGAUAAAUCAAUUCGAGAUCAAUUAUUAAAAUCUGAACGUUGUGGUACUUUAUCACAAGAUAAUUUUGAAGAAAUUUAUAAUAAUCUUUAUCAUACAUCAAAUCUUUCUCUUCUUUCAUUACAACAAACUAAUAAUAAUCAACUUCUCAUUGAUCUGUUCGAUAAAAUAAAUGAUUUACUUCAUGAUGGUUUAAUUGAUUUACAAAAAUCUAUUGAAAUAAAAGAACAAAUUUAUUUUCUUGAAGAUAUUGUUGAUUUAACAGAUUUAUCACAAAUAAUUACGUUUGAAUCACGUCUUUUAAAUUCAUCAAAUCAAAAUGAAUUUUCAAUGAUUUAUGAAGAAUUAAAAACUUUUGUUUAUCAAGAACAAUUUCGUUUAUCUAAAGCACAAGAUUUGAUUUCUACUUGGCAUUUAAACGACGAACAAGGAAAUCCUAAUAAAAAACAAAUCAUUAAACUAUUUCAUGAACUUGCCAAUCUUAAUCGAUUCUAUAGUAAAUACCAAUUAUUUAUAAUACAGUACUGGUCAAAAAUAUCAGUUCAACAUAUUUUUCCUUUUUUUUCCUACAAUAUCAAACAUUUAAUUCAAAUCCAAAUAGUCAUUUUGAAUAAUCAAUGCGUUUCUCUAUUAAAUGCAUCGAUGGACUAUGAGAAGAGGUUUCUGAAAAACCAAAUACAAUAGUUUUUAGGUUCUAGCAGACUGUAUGAAAAUUAGUUUUUAAGAGUUCCAUCUGGAAGAGCACAAAAUUCUGAAUAAAACAAGGGUUCUCGCAUUUCAUGUGACCUUUCCUUGAAAAAUUAUAAGCGUCAUAAAAAACAAAUGAAGCGUUUAGCCGAUAUUAUGUAACUUAUAACU